ACACGUAACGUGAGUCCUUAUAUGCUUUGCGUGGCGGUUCACCGCUUAAAAGUAAAACCUGUUAGAAAAGAAAACACAAAAGAUGAGUUCCCAGAAGAACAAUGACACCAGCUACCCACCUUCGGAGCCGAAACCCUGCGCCAACAACUGCGGUUUCUUUGGCACUCCCGAGAACCUAAACCUCUGCUCCCAAUGCUACAUGGAGCUUUGCAUCGAGGAGGAGUUCGAAGACCUAGACUCCAUAUACGGCAAUGUUGUCAUGGCGCUUCCUGCGCCCAAGCCAUCCUCACCGGUGAUGGGCUUGGUUGGACCGUCCACUUCGUCCAAACCGGUAAAUCGGUGCUCCAUUUGCAAUAAGAAGGUGGGGUUGACGGGGUUUGUGUGUAAGUGUGGGAGUACUUUCUGUGGGACGCAUCGUUAUCCAGAAGAGCACCAGUGCAGUUAUGACUUCAAGGCUGCCGGAAAGGAAGAGAUUUCCCAGGCGAAUCCAGUUGUGAAGUCUGACAAGGUCAAAAGGAUUUAGGUUCUGCUUGGAUUGCUGAGUGACUCAUAUACUGCAUGUUCCUGGUUCUUAAUUUUAAGACCGAUGAUUCUCUCUAUUUAGUAUCUAUGUCGUGUUUAAAUAAUUUCAACUUCAAAUCUAUGAAAUUUUAUUAGCCAUUUAGUGUAGUUUAUUCGAAUUUUACUAUUAAAAGUAGAAUCUUACAUCUUGUUUGUGAUUUAA